ACUUUUACGUGCUUUUUAGAGAGAGAGAGAGAGAGGCAGAGCAGAGAAGAGAAGAGGAGCGAGAAGGAGAAGAAGAGGAGCGAGGAGGAGGAAGGUCAAAGAGGUUUGAUUAAGUCGUUUAGCGUUGAUUAUCGUCGAGGAAAUAUUUCCUGCCCGAGGUUUGUGGUUGGUACUAAGUGUUGUGUUCUUCUGCCGCAGAUGGCUCGUACAAAGCAAACUGCCCGCAAGUCCACUGGAGGAAAAGCUCCCAGGAAGCAGCUCGCCACCAAGGCUGCCCGUAAGUCUGCCCCUACCACUGGUGGUGUGAAGAAGCCCCAUCGUUACAGACCUGGAACUGUUGCUCUUCGUGAAAUCCGUAAGUACCAGAAGAGCACUGAGCUUCUGAUCAGGAAGCUGCCUUUCCAGAGGCUUGUUCGUGAAAUUGCACAGGACUUUAAGGUAACUAGUAUGCUCAGAAUUCAAUGAGGUUCUUGUUCUCUUGGUAUUUGCUGCGACUGUACUAAUCCUUUAAUAUCGACUAUGUUGUUUUUUGCAGACUGACCUGCGUUUCCAGAGCCAUGCCGUUCUUGCUCUGCAGGAGGCAGCUGAAGCUUACCUUGUUGGGCUGUUUGAGGACACCAAUCUGUGCGCCAUCCAUGCCAAGCGUGUAACCAUCAUGCCCAAGGAUAUCCAGCUGGCCAGGAGGAUCAGGGGCGAGCGUGCUUAAGGAAGAAUUAGAAUGUGAUCUGGUUGACAUCUUCUGGAAUGGGAAGAUGGUUUAAUGGAAUGGUGUAAUUUGUUUGGUUGCUUAAUGGGUGUAGUAAUUGACUGUUGUUUUCCAUCUGUCAUGAUGGGAUUUAGGGUAGAUAGAAAUAGUGUUUCUGCUUUGAGGUAGUUAGACCUUGUUGGAUGAUGGCUUCUGCUAAGUGAUAUGUCUCUAAUGGUGGUGUCCUGUGAUAUUUUGUUGGAGAUUCUGAACCAUUGCCUAUGAUAUAUAGUUUGUUAGACCCUUUGUGAUUCUUAUAUCAAUUUCCGCGUUCUGCUUUA